UUGACAUUCUUGUUUUUUUGUUUUUAUAGUCGAAAGUUAGGUUUGACAGCAAAAAUAAUGCCCUAUUAUAAGAAAACAUACCGUAGCACAGUUCCAGUUGGCCCGUACCGUGGUGGAGGAGGAAGCAAAAGUAUAAUAAACAUAGGAGGAGGGGGAUAUAAUGUAAAAACUCUACAUGGAAAAGGUGGACAUGAUAAUUUAGCAAGAUACCAAGCGCCAAAGAAGAAAGGAGCCUCCUUUGUUGUUGACACUGAGGAUAAGUCAUUCGAUGAGAUCCGACAGGAAUGCUUAGAUAAAGGUGUUCUGUUUGAAGAUCCUGAAUUCCCUGCUAAUGAUGAUGCAUUGUUCUUUAGUCAACGACCAAGAGUUAAAUUCGAAUGGAAAAGGCCACAUGAUAUUUGUGAUGACCCAAAGCUCUUUGUUGGUGGUGCAAGUAGAUUUGACAUCAAGCAAGGUGAACUAGGUGAUUGCUGGCUUCUUGCAGCUAUUGCUUCCUUGUCAUUGAACGAAAGUCUGCUUUAUAGAAUCAUCCCUCAGGAUCAGACUUUUGCUAAAGGCUAUUAUUCUGGAAUAUUCCAUUUCCAAUUCUGGCAGUAUGGUGAAUGGAUUGAUGUUCUUGUUGAUGAUUUGUUGCCAACUUACAACAACAGACUUGUGUAUCUUCAUUCAGCAGAUAAGAAUGAAUUUUGGAGUGCCUUGCUUGAGAAAGCUUAUGCUAAGCUCAAUGGUUCCUAUGAAGCUCUCAAAGGUGGCAGUACUACUGAAGCCAUGGAAGAUUUUACUGGAGGUGUAACUGAGACAUACGAACUAAGAGAGGCUCCAAAGAAUCUUUUCCAGUUAAUGAGAAAGUCACUCAAGAAAGGAGCUCUGAUGGGAUGUGCUAUUGAGACCCAGAACAUGUCUCAACGUGAAUCAAAAUUGAGUAAUGGUCUGAUAAUGGGGCAUGCCUACAGCAUCACAGGAGUAGAAAAGUUGCAAAAUGGAACAAAGUUGGUUCGAAUUCGAAAUCCUUGGGGACAAGUUGAAUGGAAGGGAGCUUGGUCUGAUGAUUCCAGUUCUUGGAAGUCAAUCUCGGAAAGCGAAAGAAAGAAAUUGGAAGUUGAUUUUGGUGAUGAUGGUGAAUUUUGGAUGUCCUUCGAUGAUUUUUCUCGUAAUUACACUAAACUCGAAAUCUGUAACUUGGGACCUGAUGCUCUGGAAGAAGAUGAUGCAACUACUACUUGGGUGACUUCACUUCAUGAAGGUCGUUGGAUCAGAGGUUGUACUGCUGGCGGAUGCAGAAAUUUCCCUGAUACUUUCUGGGUGAAUCCGCAGUUUAGAUUAUCCUUGGAAGAAGAAGAUGAUGAUCCUGAUGAUGAUCAGGAUGGAUGCAGUUUCAUUCUUUCUCUCAUACAAAAGAAUAGAAGAAAGCAGAAAGCCAAAGGACAAGGCAUUCUUACCAUAGGAUUUGCAUUGUACAAGCUUACCAAAAAACAGUUGAAGGAAUGCGGAACGCAACCUGUACGCAAAGAAUUUUUCCUAUACAACGCAUCCGUUGCAAGAUCGAAAAACUAUAUUAAUCUUCGAGAAAAUUCACAAAGAUUUCGUCUUCCUCCCGGUGAUUAUGUUAUUGUACCAUCAACGUUUCAACCCAACGAAGAAGCAGACUUUGUGCUUCGUAUCUUCACUGAGAAAAGAUCUGGCACUGCGGAAAUGGAUAAUGAAACAAAACAAGAUGAAAAAGCAUCUUUGGAACCAGUCACCGAUCCACACAAACAUUCCAGAGAUCAGCAAGAAUCAGAUGAGCAUGAUCAAAAAUUCAAGCAGCUGUUUGAAGAACUCACUGGGGACGAUGGUGAAAUUGAUGCGUUUGAACUUCAAGAUAUCAUCAAUUCUGUAAUGAAGAAAAAUUCAAAGACUGGAAAAUACACUGGUUUUGGAAUUGAAGCUUGUCGUAGUAUGGUCUCUCUCAUGGACUACACAAGAUCUGGAAGGUUAGAUUAUGAUGAAUUCAAGAAUUUGUGGGUCAGAGUAAGGAAAUGGAUUAAUAUAUUCAAGGAUUAUGACAAGGAUGGAAGUGGAUGUUUUGAUUCGUAUGAACUAAGGCAAGCAUUGGAACAUGCAGGAUAUUCUCUCAGCUGUCGUCUUUAUGAAAUGUUGUGUGUGCGAUAUGCCAGCAAACAACUUACAAUCAAUAUGGAUGACUUCAUUCUUCUUUCUGUAAGACUGGAGGCAAUGUUUAAAGCGUUCAAAUCAUACAGAAGCAAGGGAAAUAAAGAUGCUACUUUGUCUCUUGAAGAGUGGCUUGUUACAACCAUGUAUGCUUGAAUCUCCAAUAGCAGAAAAAUGUUCCAGUUUGCAUCUGGUUGAAUUGAUCAAGAUUCGUCUUCAUAUUUUAUAUUUUUCCAAUUUCAUCAGUGGUGCAUGCGUGUGUGGUUUAUAUUCAGACUUCAAUUCUGCCUGACCCAUAUAGGUGUAGCUUUAAGAAAAUCCUUUUGUGUUUGUAAGAAUAGAUAUUUGGAAAAAUAUGCUCUUAUGAUGAAUGUAAGCUUACGGUUUAUUCUAAAUCAACAUCCCCGAACCUUUUGAGAUUUCAUUGAAACUGGCCUAAAUUAGAUUUUACUUUGAAAAUUUUUUGUAUGUGGUACACUUACCAAAUUUUUAAAAAUUAAGAAGCUUUCUUAUCGUUGAAUAUGAGUUUUGAUUAUGCUGCCAGUAGCUUGAUCUCUAUUGUUUUCUAUGUGUACAAGUUAAGUCUGUAUAUUAUAUUUAUCAUGCAUUCUCAAAAAUUCACUUCUUUGAGACAGAAACAGAACUUACAGCACCCGUGCGUUAAAGUAGUAUUUUAUAGUUUUUAAUUUUGUUAAUCUGUAGUGACAAGUCAUCAAGGUUAUAAUAUAUAGUCUUUACGAAUCUUUAGUUUUUAAUCAUUAUUAUACUAGUACCAUUCGUCCUGCUUUUAAUGUGUUACUGUGUGUCUUCCUAUAUCUAUCUAUAUACUUUCUAGCAUGUUCUCUCUAUUGCUAUUUUGCUUUUAAUGUUCAAUGCAGUGCGGCCUUUCUAGCUAGUAAUACAUUAAGCUCCAUACUGUCAUAAAACCCUUAUAAUUUUGUUUUUGAGAAACUGUAACUGCCGUGAUGUUAAAUUGGCCUAAAUGAUUUCUGAAAUUCUAGUGGUGCUGGUUGUUAUUAUUCAAUUUAACAUUAUCAAUAACUGCAGUAACUCCGUCCUGUUAGCUUUUUUUUUAUAUUUUGCACCGAAAUUUGUAAAUCUUGUUACAUUUUAAUUUAGUGUAGUAGAGCUUUGGUCUUCAUUGAAAUUUACUUUUUUGUUUGUAAGUGUGAUGAUAACUAUCUGUUAAGGAUAAGGCAUGCCAAAAAAAUUUCCUCCUGACUAUUUUUCUGUGAGUUAACAAAUUGAUAAUAGACUUGCUAUGCGGCGUUUGGGCCAUAUGUGAAACCGUACUACAUUUUGAGAGUGCAAUAUAUAACAACAUAAGUACAAAAUCUUAAUAUUUCUUUUCACGUUUCGCAUCAACCAAACAAACUUGUAGCCAGGUUGCACAACAAUCCAAUGCAAAAUUGUUAAUCUCCAACCACAGACUAGAUAUCGUUUGUCCUAUAACUGAUAUUUUUUGUGCCUUCGUGCGAGUUUUUUCAUUCAAAAUCUGGAAAAUCAAGCUUAGUCAGUGGACACAUUUAUAUUCCUAAUCAGGGUAAGUGAUGACCGUUCUAAGUUUUUUCUACUUUACUUUAUACCCCAUUGAUCAUCUGAUAUCGAGUUCUCUUUCCUGAAUACUUGCAGUACUAUUCUUAAAAUUUUGUAAUACAGUUAAAAGAUAAAAUAGAUUAUCUUGUUAGAUUUCUUCAGAAGGCCAUUUCUACCUCACUUAAUUCCGAAUACUAUACAGAAAUAGGUAAAAAGUGAAUCUAUCUCCGCUCCCAUAUUCACAUUUUUUUGAGAGCCUAAGUUCAAGCGUAGAAUCUCUCAUUGCGAAGGUAAUGAACGGGUUAAUUUUUCAUUUUUUUUUACUUAGAAAAAAUCCUGACUUCUGCACUAUCAGCUAUGUAUUGACAUUAUAUAUACUAUGCUCUAUAUUUCUGUCUAUUCUGGCGCUGUAGCGAUUAUAUUAUAAGUCUGCCUGUGCUACCUGAUUAGUUAAUCCGGUAUCCUUUUAUUUUGUACUUUCGCGGUAUCAAUUUAUAUUAUUAGGUAUUGUAAUGUGUGUAUUGAACGUGCAUGUAAAAAUCAUCUCUCAUGCUGCUUGCGAAAAUAAAAUACAUUUACCAAAAAUA